AAUCGACCUGCAAUCUCGAAAAUACGUUGAUACGCUUUGUUGUCCUUUAAAAUGUCUUUCGACAUUUUGUUUCAUUCAUUUCAGGGCUUAGAACGAAGGGGCUAUAGAAGAGUGCUCAUGUCUCAACUUGUUGACAUUCUUUUGUUUACAAGUUAGAAGCUCGCCCCUACAUUUUGGCGUUCCUUUUUGUCAAUAGCCUGUUCAAGGAGCAACAAUUGUUUUUUUUUACUUGUUUGAAUCUAACAUACGGUUUGGAUUGAUUACAAGCAGUCAUGUAUUUUGCGAACAAAAGACAUGACACCGUCGUUGAAUUUACGAUUGGACUGCUUCUAUUCAGGCAAACUGACAUGGCGUAAUAUGGUGUGGGAAAUGAAAACUCAUUCGGUGCCAGAGAGAGUUUUGGAAUCGCAGGUGGAGACUGUAGGUAUGGAUGAGGCCUUCGACAUGCUAAAGUGCAACGAAGAUCUGCCUUCCUCUCCAGGAUGCCCUUCCACUGAGAGUCACAUGGAAUAUGAUGACCUUCCGGAGCUGCAGGAGGUGCAGGAGGACCAGGCCUCUCCGAGCGUGUUCCAGGUCGAGGCAGGCGUGUCACACCAGGAAGGCCCUGGGGAGGCCUGGGGCAAAGGGGUGGAUGGAGCCUCCUCCCCUCACACCAACACCAACUGGCUGGCAGAGCUGGCCAACAUCGCCACGAGCCCACAGAGUCCCCUGCUACAGAACGCCCCCCACAACAGAUCCUCCCCUGUGCACAUCUUUGCCACGAGUAACAGUUUACAUUCCUACGCCCGGCCCCCCCAGGCUUCCAGUGCCCCGAGUCCGGCCCGGACCCAUAUGAGGGAGCGCAGGCGUGUCAGGGCCAGCAGCGAGUCAGAGUCUGGUAGCUUCUGCAUGUCCUCGUUAUCAGACGAUGAUGACAUGGGAUGGUCUCACUCUUGGCCCUCCACAGUCUGGCAUUGCUUCCUAAAAGGAACUCGUUUGCGCUUCCAUAAGGGCUCCAAUGUAGAGUGGCAGGAUGUUGAAGACUUAAGCAACUCAGACGACGAGUCAGAUGAUGAAGGAGGAAUGUCAUCCAUCUCUCCAAAGGGCUAUGGUUCAGAAGGUCUGAAGUUGGUGGCAUUUGAGGAGAUUGUGUCCUUCGGCCAAUCUGCACUCAAAUUGACCUUUGACCCGGGCUCACCAGAAGAUGGCCUUUUAACCACUGAGUGCAGAUUAGACCACCCCUUCUAUGUGAAAAACAAAGGGUGGUCCUCCUUCUACCCGAGCCUUACUGUGGUGCAGUAUGGAAUCCCCUGCUAUGACGUGCAGGUGGGAGACCUGUGUCUACCUCCAGGGCACAAAGAUGCCAUCAACUGUGAUGACUCUGUUGUGUUUGACACAUUCAGAAGUUAUGAUUUCACCCCUCUGGACUCUUCGGCUGUGUACGUCCUGAGUAGCAUGGCUCGCCAGCGCCGGGCCUCCCAGUCAAGUGGGGGCGCUGUCAGCCCAGACUGUGACAAGCUGGGCCGUGACCAGGAGCCCUCCAGUGCUUCCCACAGCAAAUCCAAUCGCGGCCACAACUCAGGAACAAGCAGCAGCAACACCACGCCCACCAAAUGCAAGCGGCCAAUGAACGCCUUCAUGCUCUUCGCCAAGAAGUAUCGUGUGGAGUACACCCAGAUGUAUCCUGGCAAGGACAACAGGGUUUGGUAUAAGCCAAAUAUAUCAGCUUCCAAUGAUAGUGGCGAAGUUGGAAGCAUAGAAAUCCCAUACUGGUCAGUGUCCAGUGGCUUCAAAAUGAACCCUACACCCAUUAGGAUACAAUGACUGAAAACAGCCCUCAAUGGAGAGAGGCCUCUCAUACCAGGGUACAAAAAAAAUAAGACCUUGUCAUAAAGAAGAUGACUAGCGUUUUCCACUGUAAUAUUAGUAUUAAUAAAGUGUUACUUAUCAUUGACCAAAUUCACUCAGAUCAUUUAUUUUAGAAAAUUAUGUGUCAGUGUCAGUGAGGGUCACCUCAGGCCACUGAGUUGGAUAUUCUGGUGAUAUUCUGGUAGUCACUGAAAAAUGCUCAGCUUGGUUUUAGAGUCUGUUCUGUGUAGUCAUAGUUCACUUACUGUACACGGGAAGGGCAUGGUAUUUCUUCUUAAUGUAUCUUAUUCUUAUGCUAAGUUCAUAGGUAAGCAGAUUGUUGUAUUGUUAUAAAAGACAAAAACUAAUGCAAAAUGUUGUGUCAUUUUUAUCUUCUCUAAACCAAGCUGACACAGAGUUGUAGUCAGAAAACCAUACACCCUCCUGAAGUUUUAGAGUGAGCCAUGACCUUUAACCAGUGAGAAGCUAAGAGAGGCUGUUUGGAUACUGAACCUCAAAUUGAUGGAUAGGUGUCAGUGACCUAAGGGCAGCAGGGGAUGAAGUGUUAUGCUGAAAACUGUGGCUAGCACUAUUCUCUCCAAAGCCUGGUAGAAUGGAAUAUUAGGCCUAAACAGCCCACUUCAUAAUCAGUACUCUUGUUGCUGUUUGGCUAAAAUGAAAACAGUGAUUGCCCAUGGUUCCUGUUAUUGAUUUUGCACCUGCUAGCAGGCAGUAGCUGCUGCAUAUAAAUGGAAACAAACAAAAGGCAUUACAUGUCAGUGGCGUAGCAGAGACUAGCUCCACAGCUAUUUAGAAGGUAUGGUUGGGGGCCAUUCAUGUUCUGUCAACAGGUAGGUGUGUGUGGGAGGGGUUCCCUCAUUCAUUGCUCUUCGAGAGUUCAUACCACCCCUGAGGGGGAGUAGCUCUCAGCCAGCUGGUGAUUGACAGCACAAGGAAAUGAGGAGCGGGCGUUUUCCAAGAACCAUCGUGUGGAUAUUUAGAAAGGCAGCUCAGAUAUCUCAUAGCAAACAAGCAACACAUAUUUUUGUCCCACAAUCCCUUACAUAUACAAUAGACCAGACUCCAGUGAUGUGUGUGUGUGUGUGUCUAUGUGUGUGCAUGCGUGUGUGUGUGCGUGUGCGUAUGUGUGUGUGUGUGUGUGUGUGUGUGUGUGUGUGCAUAUCUACUCUGCUUGUCGGCACAGUGAAAGCUAGAGUGACAUGUUGAUUAUGAAGGCUCUGAAGACUCAUGGGCUGUAUGUGUGGAAUGCUGCAGAACCAUUAGCUCACACAGCCAAGACAGCAGGCUUGGUCAAAGACCUCUGAGACUGCACAGUAAACAGAAACUUGGAGCCUAAGUAGCUGGGCUUUGUAAUGGAGACACACAGACUCUGAAGAGAGAGACCACUGAUCUGUGCAGCCAUUAUUUAAUUCUUAUAUUAACAUUUAUUGUUUAUGUGUUCAGUACAUUGGCAAUACACUAUGAAGUAUAUUACAUGCUGAAACUAAGGAUUUAUAAUGUAGCCAUUGGCGUUUGACAAAAAUAUUUACUGGAUGUUAAUAUAGUGGUGCUAUUCUAAGGCAGCAUGUUUAUUAAACUUAAAAGACAUCAUUAGAAGUGAUCUUUAUUAAUGUGAAGAUUUUUAUCUUGAUGUGGUUUUUGACUGUUUCGCCUAUUAGGCCUAGGCAUCAUACUGUUUCCACAUAGACCUUUAGGGACAGAUUAAUUGAGUGCACUGCAGAGGAGAGACAUUUUUCAUGCACACCUCUGACUGCUGCCCUUUGCCCUUU